AGAAAGACCAGCUGCUUGUGGUCCUUCCUCCCAAGCUUUUCUGGGUCAGCAGUGCCCACUGGACCCAGUGAGACCACAGACGCCUUCAGAGUGUUCCAUGGGAGGGGCGGGGCUCCUUGGAGGAAGCUGGUGAAGCUCUGACCACAGACCGGGGAGCCCGCCACCUCUGCUGGUGCUUGCCAACAGCAGGAAGCCACAAGCUAUGGGAGCUGAAUGAGAUAACCACGAUGGGCUUUUUCUUUGGGAUUGUAUCAGGAGUUGCUGGUUAUCACUAGAAGGCUGCGGCAUCAUGAGGGUGCUGGGAUUGAAAAAGCUAUGGUGACAAGCUACUGAGCCUUACCAAGGAUGGGAGUGGUGAGCAGCAAAAAGCAGGUGAAGGAGAAGAGUAAGGCCCGAUGGAGUCCUGUGAAGGUCAACACCCAGAGCAAAGAUCCCCCACCACUGCCACCCUUGGUGCUGUUUAACCAUCUGGCUCCUGCACCUCCGGACACGUGUCCAGACCAAGAGGAGCACUUCGUGGUGGCCCUGUAUGACUACAGCUCGGUGAAUGACAGGGACCUGCAGAUGCUGAAGGGGGAGAAGCUGCAGAUACUGAAGGAAGUUGGAGACUGGUGGUUGGCCAGGUCUCUCAUCACUGGAAGAGAAGGCUAUGUGCCCAGCAACUUUGUGGCCCGAGUGGAGACCUUGGAAGUGGAAAAAUGGUUCUUUAGAUCAAUUAGCCGGAAAGAUGCUGAGAGGCAGCUUCUGGCUCCAAUCAAUAAGGCGGGCUCCUUUCUUAUCAGAGAGAGUGAAACCAACAAAGGUGCCUUUUCCUUGACUGUGAAGGAUGUGACCACCCAGGGGGAGAUGAUCAAACACUACAAGAUCCGCUCCCUGGAUGAAGGGGGCUAUUACAUCUCCCCCCGCAUCACCUUCCCUACACUCCAGGCUUUGGUGCAGCAUUAUUCUCAGAAAGGGGAUGGUUUAUGCCAGAGGCUGACCCAACCCUGUGUGAGUCUGGCUCCCCAAAACCCCUGGGCCCAGGAUGAAUGGGAAAUCCCCCGGCAGUCUCUCAAGCUGGUCAGGAAACUCGGGUCUGGGCAGUUUGGCGAUGUCUGGAUGGGUUAUUACAAGAACAAUGUGAAAGUGGCCAUCAAGACCUUAAAGGAGGGAACCAUGUCUCCGGAAGCCUUCCUGGCAGAGGCCAACAUGAUGAAAACUCUCCAGCAUGAGAGGCUAGUUCGUCUCUAUGCCGUGGUCACCAAGGAACCCAUUUACAUCGUGACCGAGUACAUGGCCAGAGGAUGCUUACUGGAUUUCCUGAAGACAGAUGAAGGUAGCAGAUUGUCCCUCCCCAGACUGAUCGACAUGUCAGCCCAGAUUGCCGAAGGAAUGGCAUACAUCGAGCAAAUGAAUUCGAUCCACCGCGACCUGAGAGCAGCCAACAUCCUGGUGUCUGAGACCCUGUGCUGCAAGAUCGCGGACUUCGGCUUGGCCCGCAUCAUUGACAGUGAAUACACUGCUCAAGAAGGCGCCAAGUUCCCCAUCAAGUGGACUGCCCCAGAGGCCAUCCAUUUUGGGGUGUUCACCAUCAAAGCAGAUGUGUGGUCGUUUGGAAUCCUCCUGAUGGAAAUCGUCACUUAUGGGCGCGUACCCUAUCCAGGAAUGAGCAACCCCGAGGUCAUCCGCAGCCUGGAGCGCGGCUACCGCAUGCCGCGGCCCGACUCGUGCCCGCCGGAGCUGUACCGCGGUGUCAUUGCUGAGUGCUGGAGGAGCCGGCCAGAGGAGCGGCCCACAUUUGAGUUCCUGCAGUCAGUGCUCGAGGACUUCCACACAGCCACCGAGCAGCAGUACGAGCUGCAGCCCUAGGCCCUGACGCAGGGACACGCGUCCAGGGCGCGCGAGGCCCGGGGUUGGCUCACAUCUGCGACCCAUCCUGUAGAACUGACCAGGCAUGUUCACCUCGCAGCUUAUAUUCUAGCCACAGCCAGCCAGGAAGGGCAGGGAUGAAUUGGUAUGCCCAUUUCUCAGAUGAGGAAAGUAGAAGUAGAGGUGGUCUGACGGGUGGAUCACACAGCACAGACUCUGGACAUUCAAUGGCAGCCCCCCCCCCCCUUCUCUGGCUGUGUGACCUUGGUGAGCCACUCAGCCUCUCUGCUCCUCCGCUGUCUUACUUGUACAAUGAGGGAAGAACCAUGAUAGUACCUACCUCGUAUGUUCCUCGAGAGGAUUACAUUCGUUAACCCCAGUAAGAUGUUCAGAAUAGUGCCCGGCAAACGCCUGGCACACCGUUAAACGUUUGAGUUCGUGUGACAACCCUGAGCUGGUGCCAAAAGCAAGAAGUCGGCUACAGGUGACUGGGGAGUCCGGCUGCUCCCACCUGCGCCGUCCGCGCCCCUGUCCUGCUCGCUCUCUGCUAUCCCAGAAGCAGGACUGGGUCCUCUGAGAUGUCUGUUCAGAGAAGCGUCCAGCGCUUUGGGGGCUUUUCCGUAAUAAAGUCACGAGAUCUGA